CUGAUAGACGGCACUGACUGGCAUCACUGCUGGGCACUGACUGGCGGCACUGACUGGCACAACCCCUGGGCCCUGACUGGUGGCACUGACUGGCAGCACUGGUGGGUGGCACUGGUGGGUGGCACUGGUGGGUGCACUGCUGGGCACAGGUGGGUGCACUGCUGGGCACAGGUGGGCGGAGCUUGCGGGUGGCACUGCUGGGCACCGAUCAUCAGGGCACUGGUCAUCAGUUACCUGAUGAUCGGUGCCGAUCCCCGCUCUGACAACUGCCGGUUCUCGGCAGUACUUUCCUCACGAUCUGACAGCGUGAGGAAAGUGCAGCCGAGAACCGGCACUUGC